UGUAUUUGAUCGGCAUAAGGAGGCAAUCCGCUUUAAAUCACACAUAAGGGUUUCAGAAAAUAAGAAUUGAACGGAAUAAUGGAGAAACAAGAAGAAACUAAAAAUAAUCCAAAAUGUUUGGAAAAAUUCCUAAACAUCAAAAUGUUUGUCACUGCGUUAUGUUUAUUUGGUCUUGGUACAGGGACAUUUAGUACCUACUACUUUUCAAUAAUAACAUCACUAGAGAAAAGAUUUGGAUUUUCGAGUUCAACUUCAGGAUUUCUAAUGACUGUCGAUAACUACAUGUACAUUCCUUGUGUAAUAUUAAUCAGUCAUUUUGGAAGACGUAGCCACACUCCGCGUAUAUUUUUCGUAUCAUCUAUCAUCGUAGCUAUAGCUAUGCUACUUUGGGCGACUCCCUUUUUCAUAUUCGGGAGCAAAGGUGGAAAUUAUCAAGAAUUCCCAGCGACAAAUACUACACAGGAUAACUCAAGCGUAUCAACACAAUUCUGCAUUAUGGGACAAGCCGUAAAUACAACACAUAAUGAAGUGAACUGUGAUAGUGAAGACAUGAAGACUGAACAAGAAAACAAAAUAGCUUACUAUCUGUUUGUGGUGGCUCAAUUAUUCUACGGGGUGGGAGGUUGCUCGUUUUGGACACUGGGUAUGACUUACAUUGACGACAAUGCUAGCAGAAAGGAUCUUUCCUUCUAUCUAGGUGUUAUGUUUGCGCUGCGUGCUGCGGCUCCAGUGCUGGGGUACUUCCUGGGAGCAGCUGUAUUGUUUCUACCUGAAGAUCUUGUGUCUACUGACACAGGACAAGAAGACGCUGAGUAUAUAGGAGCCUGGUGGCUAGGGUUCCCUAUCAUCGCUCUCUUCAUCAUACUAGGCUCUUUGCCUAUGGCCAUCUUACCCAAGAAAAUGGUAGUGGACAAGAGUGAUAUACAGAAUGAUGACGAUGAUGGAAAUGGCGUUUCAUUUAGCCAAGCGGUUACUGACAUUAAAGAUCUUCCAAAGUCACUAUUGCGACUUCUGCUGAACCCAGUCUUCAUGGGCCUAACUGUUGCGUAUUCAUUCUUUGUCUUCUGGAUCGUUGGUUAUUCUGCUUUUCUCCCAAAGUAUAUUGAAGCACACUUCAAUGUAACUGCCACAACGGCUAAUAUGUUAACAGGUUCAAUGGGUGCCAUGGCAGGUGCUGUUGGAUCAUUUGUCAGUGGGGUGGUCACAUCACGCUUCAAGGCCACGAAGAGACGUGUCAUGCGAAUUGUGCUCUAUAAUAUGGUUUUUGUCGUAGUUUCCUCUGCCUGUCUCUUAGCAUUUGUAUGUCCACAGACCGAAAUUGUAGGACUAAAUGUGAGAGGUAACGGAACUUGUAGUGAGGACUGUAACUGUGAUGACAGUGCGUACAGUCCUGUAUGUGGAGAUGAUAAUAACUACAUGUCCGCCUGUCACGCUGGUUGUACAACACUUAAUAAUGGUACCUAUAACAAUUGCCAAUGCACAGAUGGGGAGACUGUAACAGUUGGAUUAUGCUCUGCAUUCUGUAGCUUAGUUAUACCCUAUGCUAUAGUAGCAUUUACAGCAGCAUUCUUCCAUACGUUACAAGAAGUGGCCAUCAGUAGAAUUCAUCUCAGAUGUGUUGCGAAAGAUGACAGGGCUUUGUCUAUUGGUAUCAUGAGUUGCAUUCUUGUACUGAUUUCUCUACCCUCACCAGUGGUAUUUGGCGUAGUGGUUGACAGUGCGUGCCUUAAACAGAUGCCAUCAUGCUCUUCAACAGACAGCGCAUGCUGGUUCUAUGCCACUGAUCAAAUGCGAGUUUACUUCCACAUUUUAAUGGUCGCCUGUUUGAUUUUUGAAGUGAUAGGGUACGCAUUUAUGUGGUAUAAAUGUAAGAAUGCUGAUUUUUUAUAUGAUGACCCGGAACCAGUGAGUGAAGCAAAAUCAAAAGAGGAUCUAGAAACUGCUCAACCACUUAUGACUAUCAAAGAUCACAAUGGAACUACAGAUGCCAAAAUAACAGAUUUGUAGAAAAUGCUAUUACACAUUUUCUUCUCCGAGCCGUUUUUAGACUCGUACGGAUAAUGGAUCAGUUGCAUAGCCAUUUGUUCAAGCUGUUCUAGUUGUGAGUUGAACUCCUUCUUGUUUGGAUCAUCAGUUUUGGUUCCAAGCAGUGUUGGAUGUUGACCUGUAAAUAACAAAAGUUUGCAUUUAUCAUCAUUGUUUCAAUUACUUGAUAGCAUCAAGCAAGUUGUAAAUAUUUUUAAAAAACGCUUACUGCAUGGCUACAUUACAUGUAUUUUUGACAUGACGAGAAUAUGUUAAUAUGGAUUUCAAAAGGUGUGGUAGAUAUUUUAAAUAUUUAACUAAAUGCGUUAAUGUUGGACGUAUACUUAUUUUAUCAGGAUAUUAUAUCAUACCAGAUUGUCCAUCAUAUCCCGCCUGUCAGUAUUUUUCAGUAGCAUCCCCGGUAACACCAUAAAUUCUCACAUUAGUGCCGCUCAUGAUUCUGUACAUGUAAUUUGAAGAUGUAUCGCUAUAGUUUUUUUUAUUAUGGUUUCAUAAAGACACUUCACUGGACAACACUGGUUUGGUGCAACAUUCUUUUAUAACCAGAACAACGGCAACGCCAAAGCGUAGCGAAUCCCAUCGAACGUAAAUGGAAGAUUCCAGUUCUUGUGAUAUUCCAUGGAAAUAUGAUGUUAAGUGUGCCCAUUUUAGUCUGGGUUCCUUUUAGAUAUGUUGC